UUCAACAAAGUACUGAGUAAAGGGUCUGAAUACUUAUGUAAAUGUCAUUUUUCAAUAAAAGAAUGAUCAUCACUAAACAAAGUGAGAAAUAAAGAGACUGAGCAAGGAAUCCAACAGGACAAAUUCCUGAUCUAAGCUGAAUGGUUCCAUCCCAGAUCCAAUCUAAGACCAAGGUUACCCAUUCACAUGUCCUCCAGAAUGUGGCUCCCGGCAGCCUUGUGUCUGUCCAGCCUGGUGCUGUCUACCCAUGGCCGGGACAGAGUCUCCCUGCGACGCUCAAACGACCACACCGGGCACUGCCAGUACACCUUCACUGUGGACAACCCUGCCGAGGCCAGCUGCCCUGGGGCCAGCGGAGGACCUGAGAUGGAGGGGGUCAAGUCUCAUCUUACUCUACUGGAGGCCCUGAUCAGCAGCAUACUGGGAGGCGAGGGAGCCGGGGGAGAGGGGCUACAGGCUGGGGGUGACAAGGCCCUCCAGGACGCAUACUCCCAGGCCAUGGGAGAGAAGAGCCAGCUGCAGGAGGACAGGGAGCAGCUGAACAGGCAGGUGCAGGAACUUCAGAGGAGGAUGGAUGAGCUGAUUGUGGGGGCUGAGACACUGAGACAGACCCCCUGCCACCAGUCCCAGGCCACUGGAUCAGGACUGAACCGUGGAAGGCACCCUGACUAUGCCCCCUAUCAGGAGAUGAAGACCGAGCAUCACAGGGAAGUACGGGGUGUGGCUGCAGGACCCUGGGGCGGCUACACAGACAUCGACCUGGCGCUGGACGAGCAGAGCCCGUGGGCCAUCUACAGCCCCAGCAAGGCCAAGGGAGCCAUCGUGGCAUCCCAGCUGGACCCUGAGAGCCUGGAGGUGAAGAGGAGUUGGGAGACCAACAUCAGGAAGAACGCAGUGGCUAACGACUUCGUGAUCAGCGGUCGGGUCUACACAGUGUCCAGCUACAUGGCCCCAGACACCACCGUCAACCACGUGUUCAACACGACCACCGGCCAGGGCCGAGGCAUGGAGGUGCCCUACAAGAACCACUACCGCUACAACAGCAUGGUGGACUACAACCACGCCCAGAGGAAGCUCUGCGCCUGGGACAACUUCCACAUGAUCACCUACGACGUCAGCUUGGGGAAACCCAGCGGAAACAGCCAAUAAGAGGAGGCUGGGCAAAGAUGAUGGAUUGGUGUGGAGUGCUGUUACUAAAAUAUUAUCAAUCAAUGUCAUUACUAACAGCUUUCUAAUAAGUUCAUAGUGAGGCCUUUGUUUGUGUGCGUUACUCUGUCUAGUAGAAUGUACUAAUGUAAAUAAGAUGAAUCUUACAAUAAAAUGCAUGUCACUACGGUGGAACUCUUUGUGCUACUCCAUGUAAACCAUCUAAGAUAUUGCUCUUCCUGUAUUAUAUAUUAUGUCUUUUACUUAUUUUAAUUUAUAAAAUGUACUGUAUUGUCCAUGUUAAUUUUCUACUAAAGUUGUAUCCUCACUCUUCACCAUUACUUUGUCAUUUUAUCUCGAAAUAAAAUGUAAAUGAUAGAGAUCCCUAAAAAGUUUAUCAGUCUGCAUUUGUUUUGUUCAAUAAA